ACGGGGAGUAAGUCAGUCACUCAUUCAGUUACAGACAAUGGCGGUAGUCAUUGGCAAAAAGAAACAAAACCUAGUGUGAAAAUAAAAUGCGUGACCUAUGUACUGCUUUUGACAAUCUGACCUCAAUCUGCUCCACUUGACAUCUCUGAAGCCAGUGCUCCACGCUGGGGUUUCUGCAACAAGUCGAAGGAGGGGCUUCUCUGAAGAAAUGUCAGCAGCUCACUAAUAAAAACCUCACAGGUGUCCGCAGCUUCCCGAAAGCCAUCACUAGCAGCAGUUAAACGUUAAUUGUGAGAGCCUGCUGUCUCUAGUCCAAAGCGUUUGACAGUCUCCCUGACACCAUGACUGCACCUCUCCUGACUCCCCUGGUUGUGGCUCUCCUGAUCGCCUUGGCUCAAGGAGCUUCUGUUGGUGUAGAGAUCAUCAAUGGGAAAAAGGCUCAGAAGGGCUCCUUUGAUUACAUGGCUUCUGUGCAGAAAGACGGGAAGCAUAAAUGUGGAGGAUUCCUGAUAUCUCCUGAUUUUGUGCUCACUGCAGCACAUUGUGACAACGGGAAAAACAUGAGUGUGGUUCUUGGCUCUCAUGACAUUCAGGACGGUAACAGGAAUGCUCUGAGAAUCCCUGUGAGGGAAGUAAUAAAGCCCAAAGAAUACAUAAAGCCGGGUGGCGGCAGUGACAUCAUGCUCCUAAAGCUAUCAAAAAAACCCAAAUUAAGCAAAAAUGUAAAAACAAUUAAAAUUCCAAGGAAGAAUAAAACCAUUGGUUCGAACAUAAAGUGUACCGUGGCAGGCUGGGGCUCAACUGGAAAAGAACCUUUCGUCACAGACCUUCAAAUUGUUGACUUGUCCACCAUUAACCGUGACAUCUGCCAGAAACAGUGGAAUGGAGUCCUGCCAGAAAACACAAUCUGCGCUGGAGGGUACGAGACCAAAAACGGGGCAUGCCAGGGAGACUCAGGGGGUCCACUGGUGUGCAGUAACCUAGCAGUGGGAAUUGUUUCCUUCAACGCCGGAACUUGCAGCUACCCAAAUAAACCCAAUGUUUAUACUCAGAUCUCAAAGUUUGUGCCCUGGAUCAAGAAGUAUGUCAAAAACCUUCCUUUGUCUUAGUCCUUUCCACUCUUACUGUAUGUGGAGAGGGUGGAGGUUCAGUGGUAAUGCCUGUCUUUAUCUCUCUGGGACACAAGAUGGUGAAUGCAUCUGUCAUCACAAGAGCUAUUCCAGUUCUACUAAGAAUAUACUUCAGUCAGUCUGUCACGUUUCAGGUCUGUCUCGCCAUGUUUUAUGUUUAUUCAUGUUGUCUUAGUCACGUAGUGUCUUAUCAUGUAUUAUGUUAGUCUAGGUUCGUCAUGUUGUUUAGUUUAUUUCUUGUUACGAUUUAUUUUCUCGUCAUGUCUAGUUAUGUUUCGUUACGAUUAUAUUACCUUGUUAUGUUGAAUGGUUAUCGUCUUAGUUUCGUUUUGUAUUAUGUUUUGAUUUAUGUUUAUUGUUACGUUAACUGGUCGUUGUUUAUGCAUACACUUUUACAUGUCUUUCCGCAAACCUUGCGUUCCGCCUUUUCUCUCUCGCUCCUUCUGUCAUUCACUCCCUAAUUAUUUCCAUUUGUCUAUUUACUAAAACGACUAACGCUAGAUCAGGAUUGGGUAGAAACUAACAAGACUAAUCAUGUGUUCAUGUUACCUUACGUUUCUCGUGCAUGUCAUUUACUAAUUUACUAAUGCUAGGGCAGGAUAGGUUUAUUACUAACGAUUACUAAUCUCCUUGUUAAACUUGUCAUCCAUCGCACCUGUUUUCCAUUUCCUUGCUACGCUCUAACUAAUUGUCUACACCUGUCUACACCCGCAUUUAUAGCCCAGUCGCACAACUGUUCUUCGCGAAAUUGUCUGCCUCUGUUUACCACGCAACUCUUGAGCAUUUACCACUAUUGAUUACACGUUACGAUCCAAGCCUGUUACCGACCAUUGUUUAUUGAUUUCUGUUUUGUGACCAUCGUUUGUUUUUUGACUCCGUCCUCGCCUACCGUUUUUGUACUUUUGCUUCGCUGAUUGUUUCAUGGUUUCGACUCCCGCUUCGUCCACGACUACGCCUCUGCCUGCCGUCCGUCUGUUCAUCUGCCUCGCUGACAGCUCUCCUGCUACCGGACCUCCCUGCACGUCUACCGACUACGAGUUUGCCUCUUCCCUCGGCACCGUGCUUUUUGUUUGUUUACUUUUUGUUUGGCUGGAUCUACGUGUAUGGACUUUGCUUGUGUUGACUACUCCCCUGGGAUUCGUCCCGAAUAAAGCCCCGAGGGGUCUUUAUAUUACUAUUGUUUCUGAGUCGUGCAUUUUGGGUCCAACCCCCACGCACCCGUCUCACAGUCUUAUUCAUCACAUAUCUAGUCAUUUCUAUCAGUCAGAAACAAAAUUCCAUUCAAUUUUCAAACUAGACACUGCAUGUUUAAAAGAGU